AUGCCGCGCAUGUGCAGCGAGUCGGGGGCAUUGUUUCGCGCACCAACGGCUUUCGCGACGCCGUGUGCUCUGAAUAGUGUUCAGCGCCCAAGUAGACAGCUUCGCUCGAAGGUAACUGACGACUCCAACUGGCCUCCUCAGAAGGCUUGGGUAUCGGCGCACCGCUUGCCACGGUUCUCGUGGCGCAGGCGUUUCGAGCGACCCUUGGCAGGAACACAGAGUCCGCGUACACUCCAUAAUUCACUUGAAUUGACAGCCUGCAUGCACGGUGAGGCAUCAGCGCCCGAUCGGAAAGGUGCAACGAUGUCAGCGGUGGGUUUCAUCGGCCUGGGCAUCAUGGGAAGCGGUAUGGCGCGCAACCUGUUUCGGGCCGGUCACAGUCUCUACGUCUGGAAUAGGACGCGGAGUGCGGCGGAAGCGUUUGCGAAAGAGCUUGUAAACGAGCAGUGCGGGGAAAGCAAGGGAUAUUCUUCUGGAAAUGCGCAGGUGCACGUGGCGGACUCACCGAGAUCCGUUGCAGGUGCCUGCAACGUGAUAUACUCGAUGCUGUCUACGCCGGAAGCCGCGCUUUCCGUUCAUCUCGACGCUGAACGAGGGACGGUGCAGGAGCUCGGCCCCCAGAAGAUGCUGAUAGAAUGUUCAACGCUAGAUGUGAGUACCAUGGAACGACUGAGCGAGGCGGUGCAUCAACGAGGGGCACUCUUUUUGGAGGCGCCUGUUAGCGGCUCCAAAGUGCCAGCACAAACUGGAACCCUUAUCUUUCUAUGCAGCGGUGACCGGGCAGCCUACGAUCGCGUUGCAUCCAGCGGUCUCGAUGUCAUGGGCAAAGCUUCCUUCUUCCUCGGUGAGCGGUGCGGAGUGGGCACCAAGAUGAAAAUUGUGGUGAAUAUGAUCAUGGGUUCGAUGAUGGUGGCACUCGCUGAGGGUGCUAGCCUCGCCGAGUCGUGCGGGCUCUCGACGGAGACCCUGAACGAGAUCCUCGGACUUGGUGCCAUGAACAGCCCGCUCUUUAGCAUGAAGCUGCCAAACAUGAUUUCCAGCCAAUACGAAGCGCAUUUCCCUCUGAAGCACCAACAGAAAGACCUCCGAUUUGCGAUUUCCCUCGGUGACGAAAUGGAGCAGUGGCUGCCGCUCUCAGCCAUUGCGAACGAAGUCUUCAAAGCGGCACAAGCGAGUGGCUUUGGAGAUUACGAUUUCUCCGCGGUUGUCGAGGCUUUGCGGAACAAGAAACGACGCCCAUCAAACUGA